GUGAAAGAGGCGGACAUUAAAAACAAACUUGUUUUCAGAACUGUUGUUUUAGAUAACAUUUCCCGAUGCCAUCAAAGCUGCAGCUGGAUAAAGCUGCUUGGUUGUGGGCAGAAACGACUGAUCCACCGAAUGUAACCAUCGACAAUGUCCGAACAGCAUACCGACUCAAUCUGCAACCGUGUCAGUUGGGAGCAUGCAAACGUAAUUGUCGUGGUAAUCCAUUUUGCCUGAAUGGACUGGGAGAGAAAGCCUGGUUUGCUCAGCUUGAUGAGAGACCGUACCAUGAUUUCGAUCCUGAUGCGGAAAGGAGAGAGAAGAAUUCGUUUGUUGGUCUGAAGAACUUGGGAGCUACAUGUUACGUUAACACGUUCUUACAGUUGUGGUUCCACAAUGCCAGCCUUCGACAAGCCAUCUAUAGGUGGAGAGAACCAACGAUGGAUGAAGCAUCCACAGAAGACUGGACGCCUUCUUCUAUUUGUGGACAUCUACAGGUUGUCUUUGCACUUCUACAGUUCAGUCAGAGAAGGUAUAUUGAUCCCAGUGCAUUGAUCAACCAUCUUGGACUAGACGCCGGACAGCAGCAGGAUGCCCAAGAAUUCUCUAAACUGUUCCUGUCUCUGUUAGAAGACUCCCUUUCCAGUCAAGUUCAGCCUGAUGUGCCCAACAUUGUGCAGAAACAAUUCUGUGGCCAGUAUUGCUAUGUUACGAGUUGUAAGCACUGCGGAAAUCAGUCCAGAACAGCUUCCAAGUUCUACGAACUGGAUUUAAGUAUUAAAGGGCAUAAAACACUAAAAGCUUCAUUGGAAGACUUUUUGCAGGAGGAGAAGUUGGAGGGUGAGAACCAGUACAUGUGUUCUAUGUGUAACAGUAAACAGAACGCAUCACGCGUCAUUCAGCUUGAUUACCUGCCACCCGUUCUCAGUCUACAACUUCUUAGAUUUGUGUUUGAUAAAAAGUCUGGUCACAAGAAGAAAUUGAACAGUUUUAUUCAGUUCCCUCAAGUGUUGGACAUGAGCAAAUAUCUGGGAAAACCAGAAAACUCUGUCCUGUUCGACCUGACUGCGGUGCUGAUUCACCGUGGUCCGAGCGCAUACAGCGGCCACUACGUCGCUCACAUCCAGGACACACAGCAAGAGACGUGGUACAAGUUCAAUGAUGAGGAGAUCGAACAGAUGAAAGGAAGGCACCUGCAGCUCGGCAAUGAGGAGGAACCACAUGAAUCGUCACAGAAGAUUCCCAAGAACUGUAAAGCGACAAAAGGCUGUUACAGCUCAAAGAAUGCCUACAUGUUGGUCUACACACGACAAGGGGUGCACUCAGAAGAAGUCAAGAUGGACGAUGCGUUUGAAGAAAGUCUGCUGCCGACCGUUGUCAAACAGAUGGUACAGAAAGACAACGACAGUCUGGAGACUUGGAUCUGUGAACUGAUCAGUACCAGAGAGCAAGAUAUUGAGACAAGCAGAAAUGAACAAGAGAAAGUCAAAGAUACAUUUUUAUCUCUUCACUGCAAGCCAGAUUCUGACUUUGAGUGGAUAAGUUCUGAUUGGCUGAGCAAAUGGCUGGCAAACCCAAACAAGACGUCGCCUAUAAAACAGGAUGUUUUUCUUUGUCAUCAUGAAAGGUUGAACCCCGAGGCUGUGCCAAAGUUGAAAUGUAUUAGUGCUCAGUCAUCCGAGGCUCUGUUUGACAAGUUCUCCGGUGGACCAAGAUUAAAAGGCACUGACUCGAUGUGUGAGAAAUGUGUUAGACAGAAAUGUCUGGUUAUACGUCUCAAACAGAGCAUGGUCGAAGACGAGAAGUUCUUCGCGCAAGCCACAAGAACCAAUCAGACGAGUGAAUUGUGUUUCUGGGUUGGAAAGGCGUCUUUCCGGAGUUGGAAGCGGCUGGCCCUGGACAGAAUCAGCAGAAUGGAGGUGACCAACUGUGUACAGGAUCAGUCGCUUCAAGAAAACGGAACUACACAAAGUGAAAGUGAACAUCCUACUGAGAGUUCAUCUGCCAGUGACGUAAUAUGUUUAGAAAAAUCGGAAAAGUUAGAAGAAGAAAAAUCGGAAAAGUUAGACGAAGAACUCAGAUGGAUUGGUAGUGAGCCAGGCUGUGAUAGAUCACAAAGUGGAAUGCUGUUCAAUGACGACCUGCUGUGUGAUGAACAUGAGUGUCUCAGCCCGGAUGAAGGAUGUCGACGUCUGGUGUCUCCUGAGGUCUGGCAGAGAUUAAAGAAAUAUUUCCCUGACUGUCCCGAGUAUAACCAGCUGUCUCAAACGUGUUAUAAGUGUCAGUUACUAAAUCAAGAAGAGAAACAAGAAAAAGACUACAGAAGAUUACUGGCCCAAGAACAAAAGUCUGUCUUGCUUGACUUGUUCCAUGGGAAGAAUCGGCCAUUACUUGAUGGUGACAAUGAGUUACAGGCAAACAUUAUCAGCACGUUCUUCAUAAAGGAGUGGCGAAGAUUUCUCAAAGACUGUACGAAGGUGCCUCCAGUGUCUGAGAUCACUAAUUCCGUCCUGCUAUGUGAACAUGGAGGUCUUGUGUACUCGCCCGAAAACAGACUGGGUGGAGGAGACUUCGAAGAUAUUUUCACCCUUGUGUGGCCCUCAGAGUGGGAGAAGAUGAUUCGACUGUGUUCCUUUGACACAGAGAUAACGCUUGUUAGGUUGAAGGAAGAUGACAACACUUUUAGACUUGUCACAUCACCAGAAAUGUGUGAGGACUGUGUCUCGCUGCGACUGGCCGAGGAAGAGUCACUGAAAUACUUCUAUGAGGACGUCACAAUUUACGUACGCAAGGUUUUGAGUGGGGACACCAGCGCAAGUAUGGAGCCAGAGAACGGAGACAAAGAUAGCAGUUUUGACCGAACUGAUCCAGAAUUUUCUGAGAAUACUCCGACCAAGUUAUCUUCAGACUGUGAUGAACCUCCGGAAAAGAUGUCGAAAAUAAAUGAAAACGGUGCAGCUGUGAGAAAGAGUCGGCGACAUCGCAAGCAAAGAGGGGAGAAAGAAGUGCUGAUAUCCUCAAAUAUGAAUCUAAAAGAUCUUAAAUUAAAGAUUAUGAAACAGUUUGCAGUGCCCCCGUUUGACCAGAACCUGUCUCUCGACGGCGUGAAGCUCACCGAUGAUGCCGCCACUCUCAGCAGUCUGAAGGUUUUCCCGGGCUGUGUCGUCAUACUUCAGGCUGAUGAACCUUCAGAAGAUGCCCUAGCAAUUGAAGAGUUGUUUGUUGUCCCAGCUCACCCAGAGGAGGGAUUUAAAGGAACAAAUCUGUUAAGUACAAGAAUCGGCCAAGUGAACUGAACAAUGUCACUACACGAUAGGCCAGCAAAUGAACUUUAACGAAAUCAUCAUCAUGGAGAUUAUUCCAUUUGUGUAAAGAAAGGAAUGCAAUAAAAAAAAAAAAAUUCAAGGAUCAUAGACAGCUUUCAUUCCAGGAUGACAAAAAAGAAAAGAAAAAUUUGAAAAGAAAAGAAAGAAAAAAAGACAGAAUAUUUAUUUGACGAUGUUUUGUUUUCUCUCAUGUGACGUUUAUUUGUGAUUAAACAGCUGAGAAAGGUUCUGUUGUUGAAAAGGACCUGUUAAACAAUUAAUUCUUUCUGAACAGACAUAAACAUCUUGAGGAUUUUCCAGAAAAAAAAAGACGAAAAAAAAAAACGAAAAAAAUAAAAAUGAAUAUUUAUUUGACGAUGUUUUGUUUCCUUUCAUGUAAGUGGACCAAACAUACUUUUAUAUGUGAUUAUGGUAAACAGCAGACAAAGGUCCUAUUAAAAAAUAUGUGUGAAAGAAUUAAUUCUUUCUUGACAGUCAUAAACAUCUUGAGGAUUUUCCAGAAGAAGAAAAAAAAAGAUGGAGUAUUUAUUUGACAGUGUGUUGUUUUCUUUGAUGUGAGUGGUCUACACAGACAUUUAUGUGUGAUUAAACAUCAGAGAAAGAUUCUGGUAAAAAGGAUAUGUUAAAGAAUGAAUUCUUACUGAACAGACAAACAUCUUGAGGAUUUUCCAGAAAAAAAAAAAAAGCAGACGGAAUAUUUAUUUGACAAUGUUUUGUUUUCUUCUUGUGACAUUUAUUUGUAAUUAAACAUCAGAAAAAGAUUCUGGUAAAAAGGACCAUUUAAAGUAUGGAUUCUUUCUGAACAGGUAUAAACAUCUUGAGGAUUUUUCAAAGAAUUUUGGAUUUGAUCACUACCCUGUAACUGUUACUGUUCUUUUUCUGUUGUGAAACACCUGCUGUAUCUUCUUUUGAAGACAAAGUUUUGUGGAUUAUUUUUUGUUUUUGUCCAGUUAUUUUCGUCCCUGUAUGCAGAAUCAUUGAACUUGAACAGGGUUCACCCUACCCAAAGCCACAUUUGCCCAUUGCUAUUUUUAAAUAUAUAUAUAUAUAUACAGUGAAACCCCUCUAAACCAGACACCCUCGGGACCAAGUAAAAUGUCCAGUUUUAAGAGGUAUCUAGUUUAGAGAGGUUCUCUCC